GGUUUCACUCAACUAGAUAAGGAUUCGGGUCUUACAGCUCUCAAUUCAUAUUUGGAGGGUAAAUCUUAUAUUGAAAGUUAUUCACCAAGUCAAGCCGAUGUUGCCGUAUUUAAAGCUUUAAAUCAUAAAGUUCCUGAUCAUUCCAAAUACCCUCACGCAGCUCGAUGGUAUAAUCAUAUUGCAUCUUAUUCUGAAGAAUUUUCGAGUCUUCCUGGUGAUUCUACUCAUGACUCAUCUCAUUAUGGACCAGCAGUAGUAGAAGAGACGACAAGGGAAAAAGCAGCCAAACCGAAAGUUAUUGCUAAAAGUAUGGUGACAUUAGAUGUUAAACCUUGGGAUGAUACAACUGAUAUGGCUGAAAUGGAGAAAUGUGUUAAAACUAUUCAAUUGGAUGGACUUGUUUGGGGGGCUUCUAAAUUAGUACCAGUUGGCUAUGGUAUUAAAAAAUUACAAAUUUCAUGUGUAGUUGAAGAUGAUAAAGUUGGAGUUGAUGAUUUAGAAGAAAAGAUUACAGCAUUUGAAGAUUAUGUUCAAAGUGUUGAUGUUGCUUCAUUCAAUAAAUUGUAA